AUGGCAGGCCUCCAGAGUCGCUUCGCCAUGACCCUUCCCUGCUCCCUCUCCACAGCUUUUCGCAACCUCUCGUUAUCAGUCCCGAAGCGCUCGUUCUCUACGACAUUGGCUGCGCAAAAGACGAGGCAAUUACCGGAUUAUAUUCCUCCUUAUCCCUAUGGACCCAACUACAUCUUCAAGCAAUCAAACUCCGGUCUCUAUGGUGGGGCUAUGAUCCAGUUCGGAAACAAGAUCUCGAAGGGCCGCAAUGAGGGUAAAACUCGACGAUUCUGGAAGCCAAACGUCAGGCGGAAGAAGCUCUGGAGCGAAGCUCUCGGAGAGUACCUCUACAUCAAGGUUACGCGAAAGGCUCUGCGAACAAUCUGGAAGUCUGGCGGUCUCGACAACUACCUUUUGGAUGACCGGCCCGGUCGUAUCAAGGAACUCGGUAUCUUCGGCUGGGAAUUGAGAUGGAAAGUGAUGCAGACACCAAAGAUCCAAGAGCAAUUCCGCGAACAAAGAAAACGUCUUGGUCUCCCCGAGCCACCGUCGUUCGAGGAGUGGGUAAAGCAGAAGGAGGCAGAGAUCAAAGCCAAGGUGGAGGAAGAGACCAACAUCAAGGAAGUUACGAAACCAACAUACAACGAGAAACAGUACUAG